CAGCAAGGGUCCUCAUGGUAGAAUAUAUUAUGGUCUCUGGCACCCUUAACAAUAAUUUUGUUCUGUUGUUUGUUUCGUGUCAAAAUGAAUUUUCCAAACGAAAAUACACGAAUGUCAAACGGUUGCGUGAGUGAAGCGUAUUUGAAAUUUUCAAGCACUCAAUAAUCAAAGAAUUACGUUAGGUCUCUCAUUUUUUCUAGAGCGAUUUCACGAAAAGCAAAUUAUAAAUGAUCCUUAUUGAAGGAAUUUAAUAUAUCUCACUCACGGGAAGUGUAACGUUGAAUGUGAUUUCAAAAUAAAUGUGUUUCGAGUUCUCUAGAACAACAUGUCAUAAAAUUGUCAUCACCCUUAGAGUACUGAGGAGCAACACGAAAAGGAUAUUAAAUUUAAUUAGUAUUAUAAAAAAAUACCUUUACAUAGAAAAUCUAAUUUGAAAACGGUAUCUAAGAAAAAAUGCUGAUGGAAUACCUGCGUCGUUUUGGAUUACUUUUAUUCACCCACCUGCUGUUGUUGAUGCUUCUAGGAACAAAAUCAAUAUGCGGCGAUGUUCAACCUCAUUACUGGGAAACCCCAUAUUCCCAGCCAUAUUUUGAUAAUACCACACGAAGAGAAGUAACAGCAACAGUGGGGCAAUCAGCUUUGCUGCAUUGUCGAGUGAGAAAUUUAGGUGACAGAGCGGUUUCGUGGAUACGAAAAAGAGACCUACAUAUCUUAACAGUUGGUAUUCUAACAUACACGAAUGACCAAAGAUUUCAGUCGUUGCAUACAGAAGGAUCGGAUGAAUGGACUUUAAGGAUAUCAUCUCCACAGCCAAGAGAUUCUGGAACGUAUGAGUGUCAGGUUUCAACAGAACCAAAAAUAAGUCAAGGCUUUCGACUAAAUGUUGUUGUAUCACGUGCGAAAAUCCUUGGCAACUCAGAACUUUUUAUAAAAAGUGGCAGUGAUAUAAAUCUGACAUGCCUGGCGAUGCAAUCACCAAUACCGCCGUCAUUUAUUUAUUGGUACAAAGGAAAACGUGUCAUGAAUUAUUCUCAACGUGGUGGCAUCAACGUUAUAACAGAACGACAGACUCGGACGAGUAAAUUAUUGAUAGCAAAGGCAACGCCAGCUGAUUCUGGCAACUAUACCUGUUCGCCGAGUAGUUCAGAUUCGGACAGCGUUGUGGUGCAUGUUAUAAACGGCGAACAUCCUGCCGCAAUGCAGCAUGGCAACAGUACUACUACAACAACAACAAGUACUACCAACAAUUUUGCAUCAUCAUUGCAUUGUUACCGAAAACGAAAACUGACGCUGGCAGCGUCGACUUUCACCUCCAUCAGCAGCACCAAAACAUUCGUACAUCAUGCAAUUACUACAUUACGAUUGUUCCUGGUGGAUGAUUGCGUCAUAAGUUGGAUGAUGUUUGUGUUAUGUCUGCCAUCGUCAAUAGGAUAUUUUUGGUCCUUUAGGUGAUUAAUAAUGUAAGAGAAACGAGGACUAAUUUAAAAUAUUGAUUUUUGUCAAUAACAAAACAAAAAUGGAAGUAAAAAAGUAAAGAGAUUUUGGAGUCUAUAAUUUUUAAGAAAAUAAAAUGUGAUUUUUUGAACGACUAUUAAUUAGAUUUAAGAAUAAUAAUAAUAAUAAUUGUUAAGUUAUGUAAGUAAAUUAAAAAAUCGUUAUGAGUAAGAAUACAUAUGUCUAUUAUGUUCCUAUUUUGGUUUUUAUAAUAAUAUGUUUUGGUUUAGGAGAAUCUAAUUUACAGAUUAGCUAAAUUUUAAUCAACCUUUUUUAAGGUCUUAGAAUUUUACUAGUUUAGCAAUUUUCUAAAUAAAUCAUCAAAGUACUGGGACCUAUUUCUCCAAACACUUUUUACUUUUCUCUUUAAAAAUUUGCCAACAAACAUUAUUCUGCAAUUUAAAGUUGCCAAGUGUUUCACAAAAUUUGCAAAGUAAAAAGACUUUUGUAUUUUUGAGACUUUAUUUGAAAAGUGAAAAUCAAAAGUUAGUAUUUCAUCAAUUUAAAAUACAACUUUGUAAUUAUUUCGUUUCUUGAAAAGUUGCAAAGUAAAUUACAGCAAAUUGAUCUACAUAAGAAAUUUUCCAUGAGGAAAAAAUUGAGAGGCCAUGUCUGAACAAUUUUAUGCCCAGCGAAUGUUGUUGAGAGAAAUUCAUCAAUAAUAAUAUUCGACACUCGAUAAACUAUUUUGUACAUUUCUGUUUCCAAUUUCAGACAACACUUAUUCAAUAUUACUUUCCGUUACUCGAAAACUUUCUUUUGUCGAAGAAUCAUUUCAAAUAUCGAAGUUAAUUAUUUGUUUUACUACUUUUUGGUCCCUAAUUUUACCUUCCUCAUUUUAUUAACAACACCUUUUCAAAAGAAACGAUUUUAUGCUUUAAACUGUCAAAUAGAAUUAAAAGGUGGUUACGAUGUUGACGGAUUAAAAAAACUGUACAAAAUCAGACUUUUUUGAAAUUGAGAUUAAUCAACGCGUUAAACCUUAAAUUCAUACUUCAUAUUCUUUGGUAAACUUGCCAAAAUGAAAAAAAAACCGAUGUCCAUUAUCUUGUUAACAAUUGAAUCCUUCUCCAUUUCCAAAACGAUUCAUAAUUUUUUUUAUCAGUUUUUGACAAUUUUUCGAAACAAACUUUUAUUUGCAAAUAAACAUUUCUUUUUACAUAUUUUUUCAAAAUUCUAAAUAUAAUUUUCAAACUUUAUUGAAAAACAAACGGUUUGCAAAAUAACAAAACUUUUCUCUUUAAUGAAAAGACUUUGCACUUUGAAAAUCUGAGUUUGGUGAAACAUAUUUUGCGAAGUAAAAGUGCAAACUUGCAAUGUAAAAAGUGUGUGUCGAAACAGGGCUCGGGUCAUUCUAGGAAUUUUAUCUUUUACUAACUAAAAAUGUUGCAUCUGAGAACGUCUAAACAAAAUGACAGUUUUAGCCAAUUACUAAAUUGCAAUUACAUGAUUUUAUAUUUGGUAUAAUGUUAAAAAGAUGGUUUGAUUCUAAAAUUGUUUGAAAUCAGAAAAUCAUAAAUUAGACUUAGUAACCUCCUAAAAUGGACUUAAUUUUUUACUAAAUUGCUUAUAAGUUAUCAUUUACUUAACAUCUGAUGAAAUUACUGUGGGAAAAACUAGAAAAAAAUAGAUCCUGAAAGUUAAUUUUGAACAGCAAUAAUAUAAAUUUUGAUGAUAAUAAUUGGGGGCAACGAUAGUCAAAAAGUCUAGCAAAAGAAAAAGAGGUUUUCGCUAAUAAGGUUCUAACCUUACAGACUGUUUUUUACAAACCCCACUUUCAAAGGAAACACAAAGAAUAAAAAGCAACGAAAAAAAUCAUUUUUGGCAGCAUCUAGUGUAUUUUGUAAAGAAUCUCUAGUUUUCACACAAAAAUUAAUCUAAACUCUUAAAUAAGAACAUUUUGUUUAUAAAUCCUAAGUAAUGAUUAAAAAAAGCUUCCAUUAAAAAAAAAUACUAUUUUAAUAGUGUUAGAAAAUUUGCAAAGCAUAUUCACAAAAUAAUUAUUACAUUUUUUAAUUUAACUUCAAGUAAAUUAACAGGUAUUUUCCACUUCUGUAUAGAAACAACAUAAGCAAAUUGAAAAAGGACACUAUUCAAUAAAAUUAAAUUUUACAAUAAACACCGGUGUAUCAUAAUUUUUAAUGAAGUAACAAUUUUUUUUGUCAAUAAUAAUAAAAAAAAACAACAAUAAAAAACGAAUGCACCUAGUGAAUUUAUUUAAUAACAAAAAUAAACUUAAACAAUAAAUAAAAUAUAUUAAAAAAUAAAUCAGUCAAUGGAAGAAAACACUAAUAAUAGUUUUAAAUUUACCAAUUCAUGUUCACGGAGAGUGGAAAUGCAUUUAUGUAUCUAUAUUGUAAAAACAGUAUAUUUUUUUGUAUUCAUAUGUUACUCAAUUAUUUUCAAAACAAAAAUAAAUAUUGUAAAUAAAAUUUAAGAAAAACAUGAAUUUUUCUUAUGAUGCAAUUAAAAACUAGUGUACAUCAAAUUUAAACCAACAAAAAUCUAUUAAUUGUAAGAAAUUCGGGCAAGGCUUUAGUUAUUUAAACAAACAAAAUAAUAAUAAUAAAACCAUAUUUACUAUGUACCUAUAUUCAAUUAUUUAAGUUUGAUAUGAAUGUAUAUGAAAAAAAAAUAAUUUUUAAGAAAAUAAAACAAAAGAGUGAAAAGGUCA